CUCGAAACACUGCGGCGGUCAAGGACGCCAUGGGGCGUGACUGGCCCUCCGGACUCUGCUGCUGCUGCUGCUGCUCUGCCUUCAACGCUGCCAGCUGCUGACGUCGAGAGAUGCCGCCGACUCUGCUGUCGAUGCUGGGCGGGGCGGGCGCCGGCGUGGGCGUGGUCAGCCCCGCCACGUGGCUGAUGGCGCCGCUGCUCGCCAUGGGCCUCACCGCCUACUACCGCUACGCCUCCGUCGACCCGGAGACACACCCCAUCAACGCGCGCAGUCUGCUGCCGGAGUACGAUUUCGUCGUCGUGGGCGGCGGCUCCGCGGGGGCGGUAGUCGCCAGCAGGCUCUCCGAGAUUCCCGGCUGGAAGGUGCUGCUGCUGGAGGCUGGAGGGGACGAGAACGAGGUGACGGACGUGCCGUCGCUGGCGGGCUACCUGCAGCUGUCGCAGUUCGACUGGAAGUACAAGACGGCACCCGCGAGCCCCGACUCGCCCUACUGCCUCGCCAUGGUCGCCGACCGCUGCAACUGGCCGCGCGGAAAGGUGUUGGGCGGCUCCAGCGUGCUGAACGCAAUGAUCUACGUGCGGGGCAACCGGCGCGACUACGACCGCUGGGCCCAGCUAGGCAACCCGGGCUGGAGCUACGACGAGGUGCUGCCCUACUUCAAGAAGUCGGAGGACCAGCGCAAUCCCUACCUGGCCAGGACGGCCUUCCACUCCACAGGGGGGCUGCUCACCGUGCAGGAGGCGCCCUGGCGCUCGCCGCUCGCCGUCGCCUUCGUGCAGGGAGGCCAGCAGCUGGGCUACGAACACCGCGACUGCAACGGCGAGCGCCAGACGGGCUUCAUGGUCGCGCAGGGCACCAUCCGGCGCGGCUCGCGCUGCUCCACGGCCAAGGCCUUCCUGCGGCCCGUGCGGCUGCGCAAGAACCUGCACGUGGCCAUGCACGCCCACGCCACCAAGCUGCUGUUCGAGGGCGGCCGCGCCGUCGGCGUCGCGUUCAUGCGGGACGGCGUCCAGCAGGCGGUGCGGGCGAAGCGCGAGGUGGUGCUGUCUGCGGGCGCCAUCAACUCGCCGCAGCUGCUGAUGCUGUCCGGCGUGGGGCCGGCGGAGCACCUGCGCGAGCUGGGCAUCCCCGUGGUGCGCGACCUCAAGGUGGGCCACAACCUCCAGGACCACGUGGGGCUCGGCGGGCUCACCUUCGUCGUCGACAAGCCAGUCACCUUCACCAGGGCCCGCUUCCAGACGGUGCCGGUGUUCCUGGAGUACGUGCUGAACGAGCGCGGCCCGCUCACGUCGCUGGGGGUCGAGGGCGUCGCCUUCGUCAACAGCAGGUUCGCCAACCACUCGGACGACUGGCCCGACGUCCAGUUCCACUUCGCGCCCAGCUCCAUCAACUCGGACGGCGGCGAGCAGAUACGCAAGAUCCUGGGCCUGCGGGACGGCGUGUUCAACACGGUGUACAAGCCGCUGCUGAAGGCGGAGACGUGGACCAUCCUGCCGCUGCUGCUGCGGCCGCGCAGCGCCGGCUGGGUGCGCCUGCGCUCCGCCAACCCCGCCCACCACCCGCUCAUCGUGCCCAACUACUUCGCGCACCGCGAGGACGUCGACACGCUCAUCGAGGGGAUCCGCAUCGCGGUGAACCUGUCGUCGACGCCGGCGUUCCAGCAGUUCGGCUCUCGGCUGCACAGGAUCCCGCUGCCGGGCUGCGCGCAGCUCGCCUUCGCCUCGGACGAGUACUGGGAGUGCGCGCUGCGGCACUUCACCUUCACCAUCUACCACCCGGUGGGCACCUGCAAGAUGGGCCCCGCCUCAGACCCCGACGCCGUCGUCGACGCCCGCCUCCGCGUGCACGGCGUGCCGGGCCUGCGUGUCGUCGACGCCUCCAUCAUGCCGCACAUCGUCAGCGGCAACCCCAACGGGCCCGUCAUCAUGAUCGGCGAGAAGGCGUCCGACAUGAUCAAGGAGGACUGGAAGGACUUCAGUAGACUAGAAAACGAGACGGUGGUCGCCGUCAGGGACGACAGGUCACAGACUGGCCUCGGCCCCUGCCCUGCACUGUCGUCCACGUGGCCCUGGGCUCAGGCGCGGCCCACGUGGGGCGGCGCAGCCACUCCCCGCCGGCGGCGGGCGGCGCCACGGCGGACGCACGCUCGCCCCGCCUCGCCAGCCACCGUCCGUGUAAAGACGGGCUUUCUCGACACGGGCCAGCUCAGCUCAGCUCAUCCCUGCUGCUUCCAGCUUUCCCUCUCGCUGAGCCACCGCUCAGAAUCAGCCACCUGCCGCCGGCUGACAUCAUGCUUCGGACAGAUGGACUGCGCUGCAGUGCCCACAGCGCUGUCCCACCGACUUGCCGUCAUUUGUUGUUGGGCGCAGGACAGGUGGCAGUGCCGAGUUGGCUAG